AAGCUAAGCUAAGGAAAGGGAUUAGUCUUCGCCUAUUUGUAGCACUGCGCCUUGUGCCCACUUUCUCAUGACACAUCCUUCUCUCUUCCAUGGUUGCUUCCCUUGAAGACCCUGUCCGCAGAUUCUUCAGCUUUGAAAGCGUUUUCUUAGGCCCAGAUUAGUAUUUUCUUCUGGGGACGAAGAUAUUUCCCUCUUCGUUUUUUUCGAUGUUCUGUUGGCUGCGGAGAAAGCUGAGGAAAGGGUAAAAAAUUUGAGGUUCUACUUCUACAUUUAAUGCCGUUGGCCUUUUCCUGAGAAAAUGAAAAGGAGCAUGUCUUAUAUCUGCUGGAGAAUUGGACUUUAACCAAUUUCACCUCUUAAUCCUGCUGUUUUUCCAAAAGUUCAGCAGUUGAUCUCUUUUUCAGUGCCCUGUGGUUCAUCACAACAACCAGGGAAUGCUGAAAGAUGUACUUGGGACCCAAGAAUUCUUUCUCUGAGAUUAGUGAAGCUGUUGCUCCGCUUGAGCUGUCCUUAUUCAUCCUUUAUGAGAUUGGCAGUGUAAUUCACUGCCCAGUCCCAUUAUGUGGUCAUAUGUACGAUGUAGAUAGAGUUUCUGCAGGACAAAUUGUGUUGGAACCUGACCUUUGUGAAGAUGGUUGAGCUCUUACCAUUGCCUGCGUCACACAUGUUGCAUUAGAAGGAGAAAGCAGUAGAUUGUUGUGUAUAAAGUUUUGUAGCUUGGAAUGGAAAAUAAAGGGAGUGUAUUGAUGCAGCAGUAUGAAUUAGGAAAAUUAUUAGGCCAAGGUACCUUUGCCAAGGUCCAUCAUGCGAGAAAUCUUAAAACUGGCAUGAGUGUGGCUAUUAAGAUCAUCGAUAAGGAGAAGAUAUUGAAAGUUGGGAUGAUUGAUCAGAUUAAACGAGAGAUAUCUGUAAUGAGACUGGUUAGACACCCUAAUGUGGUGCAGCUUUAUGAGGUUAUGGCUAGCAAAACCAAGAUUUACUUUGUUAUGGAAUAUGUCAAAGGUGGUGAGCUUUUCAACAAGGUAGCCAAAGGGAAACUGAAGGAGGAUGUUGCAAGGAAAUACUUUCAACAGCUAAUUAGUGCCGUUGAUUAUUGCCACAGUAGGGGUGUUUAUCACCGGGAUUUAAAACCAGAAAAUCUCCUGUUGGAUGAGAAUGGAAAUCUAAAGAUUUCAGACUUUGGAUUGAGCGCACUUGCUGAAUCAAAGUGUCAAGAUGGGCUGCUCCACACAACCUGUGGGACACCUGCCUAUGUUGCUCCAGAAGUGAUCAAUAGAAAAGGCUAUGAUGGAUCAAAAGCUGAUAUAUGGUCAUGUGGGGUGGUCUUAUUUGUUCUCUUGGCUGGCUAUCUCCCGUUCUAUGAUUCGAAUCUGAUGGAAAUGUACAGGAAGAUUGGUAAGGCUGAUUUCAAGUUCCCAAACUGGUUUUCUCCGGAAGUACGCAGACUGUUAUCAAAGAUCUUGGAUCCUAACCCAGAGACAAGGGUUUCGAUUGACAAAAUAAUGGAAAAAGCUUGGUCGCGGAAGGGGCUAGUAUCUGAAUCCAUGAAUGUUGAAGUAGAAGGGAAAGAAGCUGCCACUCUUGAUAUUGAUACAGUGCUUGGUCCUUGUGAGAGUAGCACUGCUGUGUCCGAGUUGAAGCAAGAAAUGGUAAAGCCCAGUAACUUGAAUGCCUUCGAUAUCAUCUCCUUUUCAGCAGGAUUUGACUUGUCUGGUUUGUUCAAGGACAAUAGCCAAAAGAGAGAAGUUCGAUUUACAUCCAGGCAGCCUGCCUCCACAAUCAUGUCCAAGCUGGAGGACGUGGCUAAAUGCUUGAGGCUGAGAGUGAAGAAGAAGGAUGGAGGGUUGUUAAAAUUGGAAGGCUCAAAGGAAGGCAGGAAAGGUUUAUUGUCUAUUGAUGCGGAGGUUUUUGAGGUCACUCCAUCUUUUCAUUUGGUAGAGAUGAAAAAGCUGAGUGGGGAUACACUGGAGUUUCAGAAACAAAUGAUGCAAGACAUACGACCAGCUCUUAAAGACAUUGUUUGGACUUGGCAAGGUGAUCAGCCCCUUCAGCAGCAUCAACAACACCAAUCACAACAGCAACAACAAGAGCAACAUGAAGAGGAACUAGAACUACCAUGUUCUCAGGUACUACCGCUGCAAGUUGUCUCUCUUCAGGAUUAAUUAGGGAAGAGUAUCUAAUUGUUGUUUGCAGUAAGUUGUCAGUUGUUAAGAAAUGUCCAGCGUUCAACGGUUACUGUGUAUAUUUGAUAGCUGCUCCGUUCUUCCUUCUUUUUUUUUCCCCCUGAACUUUAAAUAAAUGCUGACGGGGCUUAGGCUUACCCAUUAAAAAAAAAAGGAUGCUUGAAGGUGUGUUGGUCGUACCUCUUCCCUGAUUAUCUGUGAGGAUUGUGUUCCCUAAUCAUCGGAAUUGCCAAUUCUAUGUUUCAUGAGUUUUCUUGUUCCUCUUUUUUUUUUUUUUAAUAAAUAAUUUGAAGAACUGCUUUAUUGUCA